CGUGUGCGGCCCCAACGCCGUCUGCACCGACGGCACCUGCACGUGUCUUCUGGGAUUCAAGGGCGAUCCUACCAAUCUCAGCGAAGGAUGCCAACCUGCAGGAUGCCAAAACGAUCUCUUCUGCGCUGAUAAUGAGAUCUGCUUCUCCAGCGGUGGACGCCGUACUUGCGUCGAUGCUUGCAACAAGGUUGAGUGCGGCCCCAACGCCUUCUGUGUUGCACAGGCCCAUCGAUCAGCCUGCCUGUGCAAGGACAGCUAUAAGGGCAACCCUAACGACCUCACCGCAGGCUGCCAGCCCGAGGACCGCGAGAGCAAGUGCACCACCGACAAAGACUGCAGCCCCGGCCAGGUGUGCCAGGUGGACGCCCAGGGCCUCAAGGCCUGCGUCGACCCCUGCUUCUCCUACACCUGCGGUCAGAAUGAGAUUUGCUACAGCCAGGCUGGACGCCCACUCUGCCGCUGCGAGGAGGGCUACCUGCGUAACCCCUCACACCAAACAGUGCCAGAAGCCUAAUGUCCCUGACUGCCAAGAUGACCGCCAGUGCCCACUCUCAGAUGCUUGUCGGCCCGACCAGCUGGGCGUCCUCAAGUGCGUGGGCGUCUGCCAGGAUUUCAACUGCCCCCUCCACUCCUCCUGCUUCGCCGUCAACCACCGUGGUCAGUGCCAGUGUGAUCGAGGCUUCACAGGCAACCCCAACGACCGCAGCGGGUGCCGUCCAGUGCCCCGUGACGAGUGCCAGUCCGACGCUCAGUGCUUGGAGACUGAGAAAUGUGAGACACGAGGCAAUGUUCGCAAGUGUAUGUCUGUGUGCGACACCACUCGCUGUGGACCCAAUGCUGUUUGUGUUGCCAAUAACCAUGCUGCACAGUGCCAGUGCCCACCAGGUUUGUUUGCAGGCGACCCUAAUGACCCUGUCAAGGGUUGCUCCUCUGUCGGCUGCAUCAUCAACGAAGACUGCCCCACAGACAAGGCUUGCAACAGACUGGACUUCACUUGCUUCGAUGUCUGCUACGAUGCUUGCGGCGACAAUGCCAUCUGUCUUGCUGAGAACCAUCGAUACAACUGCAAGUGUCCUCCGGGCUCGAGGCCAAACCCGUCUGCCGAGAUCGAGUGUGUGGCCGUGAACCUGUGCGACCCUAAUCCAUGCCACGCCUCUGCCACCUGCUCGCCCGUUGGAGGGAACUACCAGUGCUCCUGUCCCGUCGGAAUGGUCGGCGAUCCAUACACAACCGGUUGCCACCCCGAGGGUAUGUGUCCCAACGGAAAUGAUGACUGCCAACUGGAUAGCGUGUGCAUCAAUGGCCGCUGUGCCUCUCCCUGUGACCGAGCUUGUGGACCCAACGCCCAGUGCAACGUCGUCAACAGGAAGCCCAUUUGCACCUGCCCGACAGGAUUCGUCCCCAAUCCGACCCCAGACAAGGGCUGCACCCGCCUGACAUCAUCGUGCAACAACGAUGCACAGUGCCAAGGAGGCGUGUGCCUGGAUGGACAGUGCAAGGUGGUGUGCCGAGACAACAGUGAAUGUGCCCAGGGAGAAAGGUGCUACAACAACAUGUGCAUGGUGCCCUGCGUCUCAUCUUCACAGUGCCCCACCAACCAGGCAUGUAUUUCUGGCGUGUGUCUUCUUGGCUGCCGCGGAAACACCGACUGUCCUACAGCAAAUGCCUGCGUUAAUAACAAGUGUGAUGACCCAUGCUCUAGACCGAAUGUGUGUGGGCCUAACGCUCAGUGCAGUGUGCUAAACCACUUGGCACAGUGCCAGUGUCCUUCAGGAUUUAUUCCAACACCAACACCACAGCAAGGAUGCGUCCGUGUGCCUGUCACUUGUGCCACCAUCAGUGAAUGUGGUCCGAGCACUGUGUGUGAUUUCGGCCUGUGCAAGCCUGUUUGCCAACAGAGCAAGGAGUGUGCGCAGGGUGAGAGCUGCACCUCGGAAAUGUGCCACAAGGUUUGCUUUGGUGAUGGCAACUGCCUGCAGGGUGAGGUGUGCAUUGAGGGCGCGUGCGUGGGCGGCUGCAGAGGCAACAGCGAUUGUCGGGUCAACGAGGUGUGCCUUUCUAAGAAGUGCAUGUGUGCCAAGGGAUACCUGCCAGGCCCCAGUGGCUGUGUCGACGUCGACGAAUGCCAGGACAGGCCAUGCCACCCGAGUGCCUCCUGUGUCAAUGUUCCAGGCUCAUACAAAUGCACAUGUCCCGCCAGCACUGUGGGCGACCCUUACCAGGCGCCUGGAUGCACCAAGCCCAACGAAUGCACCAAUGACGCCCAGUGCAAUGGAGACCAAGCUUGUGAGAGGAACGGCGAAGGUAUCUUCAAGUGUGUGGCGCCCUGCGCAUCGGCUGUGUGCGGCUCCAACGCCCGCUGCAAGGUGGUCAACCGCAAGCCAGUGUGCGAGUGCGAGGCCGGCCACUUCGGCGACCCCAAUGACCUCUCCAUCGGCUGUGUCAAGGGAGACUGUAUCGUCAACGAUGACUGUGCUUCAAACAAACUGUGUGAUCUCCUCAGCUAUAAGUGUAUCAACCCAUGUGACAGUGUGAACUGUGGCUUUGGACGAUGCCAGGCGGUCGACCACGCUGCCGUGUGCUACUGCGAGCGAGGCUUCCAAACAGACUCUUCCGGAGGCUGUGUGGAUGUGGACGAAUGCCGUGACACCCCGUGCCACCGCACUGGCCUGUGCCGCAACGCCCUGGGCAGUUACUCGUGCGUGUGUCCGGAGGGCCAGGUGGGCGACCCCGUGGUAACGGGCUGCCGCAACCCCGGGGACUGCCUCGACGACAGCGAGUGCCCAGAUGCCGCCGCCUGCUUCCAGGCCAAGUGCCGCAACCCGUGCGAGAUCCCGGGUGCCUGCGGCGUCGGCGCGCAGUGCCAGACGGUCAACCACAAGGCCGUCUGCUCUUGCCCUCCCCGCACUACCGGCGACCCCUUGACCAGCUGUGUCGCCCUCGAGUGCCUCGGCCACAACGAGUGCCCGGCUGACAAGUCAUGCGUGAACAACAAGUGCGUGAACCCAUGUUCCAUCCCCGGCGUGUGCGGCAAGAAUUCCGAGUGCGUUGCGCGCUCUCACCUGCACCAGUGCUUCUGCAAGCCAGGCUUCACUGGCGAUGCCACUCUCGGCUGCACGGACAUCACCUACUGCCAGGUGGAGACGGACUGCCCCUCGGGCGAGCAGUGCAAUGGCGGCGUCUGCCUGCCCCGUUGUACCAGCAACCGUGAGUGCCUCAGCGACCAGGUGUGCAUCGAGGGCGCCUGCGUGCCCAAGUGCAGGUCCAACAACGACUGCCCUGACUUGCAGGUGUGCCAGAACAACAUCUGCGUACCAGAAGUCAAGUGCCGCCAGAACACCGACUGCAGUGCUGACGAGCAGUGCCGCACGAACCUCGUGGGCCAAGCGGAAUGCCGAGAGGUGUGCGACGGACUCACGCUCUGCGGACGCAACGCCGAGUGCGUGGCAAUCAACCACCAGGCCGUGUGCCAGUGCCCGCAGGGCUACUUCGGCGACGCCACGGACGAGCGCCAGGGCUGCCAGAAGAUCGAGUGCGAGGUGGACGAGCAGUGCGCGCAGAACCAGCGCUGCGACAACUACAUGUGCAAGAUUGCCUGCCGUGUGAACAACCAGUGCGGUGAGAACGCCCUCUGUCUCUCCGAGGGCCACAAGGCGGUCUGCUUCUGCCGCGACGGGUUCCAGGGUGACCCCCUCAGGGGAUGCCAGCCCAUCGACUUCUGCAGGAGCAGCCCGUGCGGCGCAGGAGCCAAGUGCCAUAACGUUCCCGGCAGCUACAAGUGCCUUUGCCCGCCCGGCACCGUGGGCGACGCUUACUCUGACGGCUGCAAGCCUCCCGUCAUCUGCCUGGUGAACAGCGACUGCCCCGACUCCGCCUUUUGUGGCGAGGAGGACAACGUGCCCAAGUGCAAGGACGUGUGCGAACGCGCGGAGUGCGGCCCGAACGCCGAGUGCGGCGCCGUCAACCACCGCGCCGUGUGCACUUGCAAGACCAGCUACGUGGGCGACCCGAACGACCGCGUCACCGGCUGCCGCCCCUACCAGGCCACCUGCAGCCGCAACACCGACUGCCCGCCGCAGACCAUCUGCGACGGAGGCCGCUGUAGACCGCCGUGCCAGAGUGACCAGGAGUGCGGCCUGACGGAGGCGUGCGUGCGGGGCCAGUGCAGCGACCUGUGCGACGAGGACGACGCGUGUGGCCUGAACUCCGACUGCACGAUGGUUAACCACCGGCGCCAGUGCUCGUGCCCGCCUGGAUUCACGGGCAACGCCGAGACCGAGUGCUACAGGGUGCCCACCACCUGCCAGAAGAAUAACGACUGCCCCGCCGGGUUCCUGUGCAAGGCUGGCGUGUGCGCCCCCGCCUGCUCCGGCGACAGUGAGUGCGCGCUCAACGAGAAGUGCGUCGGCGGAUCCUGCAUACUGACCUGCCGCCUGGACAACGACUGCUUCCUGGGCCACAUCUGCCUGAACAACCUGUGCAUGAUCGGCUGCCGCGCCAACGAGGACUGCAUGGCGAGCGAGGCGUGCCUGAACAACCGCUGCACGGACCCCUGCGGCUCGUCGGCCGUGUGCGGCGCCAACGCGCUCUGCUCCGUCGUGAACCACCGCGCGCAGUGCUCGUGCCCCGACGGCUUCAUCCCCAACCCGACGCCCAACGUGGCCUGCGUCCGCAAGCCCAGCACCUGCGCCAUCAACUCCGACUGCGCCUCAGGGUUCGUGUGCACGGCGGGCAGCUGCCUGGCCAUCUGCUCGUCCGACGCCAGCUGCCUGGACAACGAGCGCUGCGUCAACACGGUGUGCCGCCCCACGUGCCGCCGCGAUGACGACUGCAGCUCGGGCGACCUCUGCAGUAACCUCAUCUGCGUCGCCGGCUGCCGCGCCGACACACAGUGCCCGUCCACGCAGGCGUGUGUCAACAACAAGUGCAUCGACCCGUGCGCGUCGCCCACCGCCUGCGGAGGCAACGCGCGCUGCGCCGUCGAGGCCCACCGAGUCAAGUGCGCGUGCCCGGACAACCUGGUCGGCGACCCCUACGUCAACUGCCGGCUUCCGGUCACGUCGUGCAGCGCCGACAGCGGCUGUCCGAGCGGCAUGACCUGCUUCUUCGGCACAUGCCGCCCCCUCUGCAAGAACGACCAGGAGUGCUUCAACAACGAGCGCUGCGUGGGCGGCGUCUGCAAGGAGAUCUGCAGCUCCGACAGCCAGUGCGGCACCGGCAACAUCUGCGAGGGGCGCCUGUGCAUCCUCGGCUGCCGCUCCGACUCGUCCUGUCCGGCGGAGCAGUCAUGCAUCAAUCGCCAAUGCCGAGACCCGUGCCAGGGCGCCACCGCCUGCGGCACCUGUGCCCAGUGCCAGGUCGUCAGUCACCGCGCUCAGUGUAGCUGCCCGCCAACCGCCGUGGGCGACCCCUUCAUCGCCUGCACCACGCCCCCGCGCGCCUGCUCCUCCAACACCGACUGCGCCUUCCGCGGGCUCUGCCAGUCCGGCUACUGCACCAAGCAGUGCUCGUCCUCAGAACAGUGCAACUGCGGCGAGACGUGCAGUGACGGCCACUGCCGCGCCCAGUGCGCCGAGGACCAGGAGUGCGCCCAGGGCUUCCUGUGCCGCUCGGGCGUUUGUGUGACUGGGUGCCGCGCCAACAGCGACUGCCCGCUCACGCAGGGCUGCGUCAACAGCGAGUGCCAGGACCCGUGCGACGACGCCUGCGGGGACAACACCUACUGCCGAGUGUCGAACCACCGGCCGCUGUGCUUCUGCAACAGCGGCUACCAGGGCGACCCCGUCAAGGGCUGCGAGGAGUACGAGUGCCUCAAGGACACCGACUGCGACUCUGAGCAGGUGUGCCUCAACCAGGAGUGCAAGAACCCUUGCCUGCAGGAUACGUGCGGCACCAACGCGCGCUGCAGGGUGGUCAGCCACAGCGUGGAGUGCUCGUGCCCGCCCAACUUCUACGGCAACCCGCAGAUCGAGUGCAAGAAGGAGAUCAACGAGUGCCUCAACAACCCGUGCGCCAACAACGCGCAGUGCAUCAACACCGUCGGCAGCUUCAUGUGCGAGUGCAACAACGGCUGCCAGGGAGACCCCUACCGCACCGGCUGCCUGUGCCCGUACGAGCAGGUGGACCCGUGCGCCCUCAUCUCGUGCGGCCAGAACGCCCUGUGCCGCAUCGUCACGCAGACGGAGGCCGAGUGCUACUGCCCCACCAGCCUGCCCAACGGCGACCCCCUCGUCAAGUGCACGGGAGACUGCCGCCAGACCGGGUGCGGAACCGCGGCCUCCUGCCUCAUCGACCGCGACGGAAGCUACGAGUGCCGUUGUCGCCGUGGGUGGAGCGGAAACCCCUACGACAAAUGCGUCCCUGAUACUCAGUGCACGCUUGACACAGACUGCCCGCCCACUCAGGCAUGUAUAAGUGGACAGUGUAAGGACCCCUGCACAGUGCGGGGGGCGUGCGGCGAGCGCGCACUCUGCCAGACCGUGGCACACGCUGCGCAGUGUUCUUGCCCGCAGUGCUAUGUAGGCCGCCCCAAGGUGGCCUGCAGGCCCGACCCCACCUGUGAUGUUAGCCCCAAGGACCCCCCCAUAACCACUGGCUGUCGGGGCGACUCUGAGUGUCCCGACAGUCAGGCUUGCGAUCGAGCCCAGUCUCAGUGCUAUGAUCCCUGCGUCCGCGGAGGGUCGUUGUGUGAAGCCAAUAAGAUGUGUGAAGUCAGGAAGCACGAGCCCACUUGCAUAUGUAAACAUGGCUUUGUCGUAAAUUCAGUGGGCGAGUUUGUCUGUGCGACAGGGCCCAUAGAGUGCCGGGCGAACGACGAGUGCGCGAGCAACCUGGCGUGCGUCAACAACAAGUGUGUGAACCCAUGCUCGGUAGGCCAGCCCUGCCCGCCCUCCAAGCAGUGUGAUGUGCUCAACCAUCAGCCCGUGUGCAUCUGCGUGAAGGACUGCAACCCCUCGGUCACCAUCUGUCUCCGUGACGAGGGAUGCGGCCCCACGGAGGCGUGCGUGUCCUACCAAUGCGUGGACCCCUGCGCCUCGCACGUCUGCCCCGGCGACACGCCAUGCUACGUGGAGGACCACAAGCCACUCUGUAAAUUCUGCCCGCCCGGCUUUACCGUUGACCCUGAGUUUGGAUGCGUUAAAGCAAUCGGCUGCAGAGAUGACUCCGAGUGCCCGACCAACCAGGCAUGCAUCAAUUUGAAGUGCCUCAACCCCUGUGUGGCUCGCAACCCGUGCAGUGCUAAGGAGGAUUGCAAAGUGCAGAACCAGAGGGCCACGUGUGUUGCAGUCGGCUGCCGCAGCAACACGGACUGCCCGAGCAACGAAGCGUGUGUGAACCGAGAGUGCGUCUCCCCGUGCGAAGUCAACGACCCUUGCGUGUUCAGCGAGAGAUGCGAAGUCCGUGAUCACAUCCCCUUCUGCAUCUCAGAAUGUACAUGCCAGUCCAACAAUGACUGCCCCGCACACUUAUCCUGUGACGGUUGCACCUGCAAGCCACAACUCUCGGAAGUGGUGAGUUGCGACCCCCCUUGCCAGAACGACGAGGAAUGCGACGAGGUGGAGCUCAUCUGCAAACCAGCACCUGCCACACCCCGCCCUCCUACACUCACACCUCGGCCUCCCGUGGGCGUCCUCACCCCGCGGCCCCCUCCCGUCACACCGAGCGCUCAGUGCGUGAGAGACUCCGACUGCUCUUUCGCGGAGAGCUGUCGUGGUGGCUCUUGCGUUGAUCCAUGCGUGGUUGGCGCCCCGUGUGGACGCAACGCCGAAUGCGCUGUGACGCUACACCGCCCCAUUUGCUCCUGUCCUGCGGGGUACACGGGUAACCCCCGCCAAGAGUGCCUCAAAGCACCAACCGUCCCUCCCGGAUGCACCUCAGACUUCGAUUGUAUCGAGACCAAAGUUUGCUAUGAUCGGGACUGCAAGGACCCGUGUGGUCUUGCCAAUCCCUGUGCGGCCAAGGCCACUUGCACUACAGUCUCGCAUCGUCCCGUGUGCACCUGCAAUCCGGGUUACUCGGGAAAUCCUUAUGUUUUCUGCGGAGUUGACAAUAUAUCUACGGGAUGCCGUGGCGAUGGUGACUGUCCCUCAACACAAGCUUGUAUUAACAACGACUGUCGGUACCCCUGCGAAGAUGACCCCUGUGGAAUAAAUGCCGAGUGUAUCAACAGUGAGCAUAGUGCCCAAUGCAGGUGCCGCAACGGCUUCCAGGGUGAUCCGCUUAAAGGAUGCACUCCCGCGAGCACCCCGCAGCCGGGAUGCCAGUACAACGAGGACUGCCCAUCAAACAGGGCGUGCGACCGGCUCUCGCGCAGGUGCAUCGACCCCUGCGACGAGGACGCCUGCGCCCCCACGGCCUUCUGCCAGGCCGUCGACCACCAGGCCAGGUGCGAGUGUCCGGCGGGAUACAGCGGCAAUCCUUACAUCGAGUGCGCUAUCCCCGUUGGGUGCCGCGACAACAGCGCUUGCCCGCCCACGCAGGCCUGCAUCAACAACCAGUGCCAGGACCCGUGCCGCUGCGGCCGCAACGCCGUGUGCGAGGUCACGCAGCAUCGUGCCACGUGCCGAUGCCCUCCAGGGUACCAGGGUGACCCCCUCAGGAAUUGCCAAGUGCCCAUCAACCCAUGCGACUCCGACCCGUGCGGCGAUGGCGCCCUCUGCGAGCUAGACAACGGCAACCCCAUCUGCGUGUGUCCGAAAGGCACAACCGGCAACCCCUUCGAGAAGUGCAUUCCUGAAGGCAAGGACUGCGAGCCGAACCCAUGUGGCCCCAACUCGGGCUGCCGCGUGGUCGGCGGCGCCCCCGUCUGCUUCUGCCUGCCGGAGUUCAUCGGCAACCCCCCGAGCGUGGCGUGCAGCCCCCCCUCCAACCCGUGCGACCCCUCCCCGUGCGGCCCCAACACCGAGUGCAACAUCGUCAACGGCUUCCACCGCUGCACGUGUCGCCCCGGCUACGUGGGCAACCCCAACACCAUCCGGGGCUGCGAGCCGCCUGUCAACCCCUGCGUGCCGUCCCCGUGCGGCCAGGGCGCCCUCUGCGACCCCAACAGGAAGCCCUUCUGCUACUGCCGCCCCGGCCUCAUCGGCGACCCCUACACUGGCUGCAGAGUGCCGCCCCCCAGCUGCGGCCCCGGCGUGUGCGGCCAGAAUGCCGAGUGCUACGUGCGUGGCGAUAAGCUGCAGUGCCGCUGUCUCGAUGGCUACAACGGCGACCCGAAGGUGCGGUGCGAGGCGCAGCCUGACAACCCGUGCGAGCCUUCCCCGUGCGGGCCCAACACACUGUGCUCGGUGACGCCCGGCAACCGCCCCAUCUGCGCCUGCUCCCCCGGCUUCUUCGGCGAUGCACUCUCGUUCCAGGGCUGCAAGCCGGAGUGCACCGUUGACAACGAAUGCAGCGACGACCUGGCGUGCAUCAGCACCAAGUGCGUGGACCCGUGUCCGGGCGCCUGCGGCAUCAACUCGCUCUGCGAGGUGAACACCCACCGGCCGGUCUGCUUCUGCCCCGCCGGCUUCAUGGGCAACCCCUACAUCAGGUGCGAGGAGAAGUCGGAGCCCAUCCCGCCCAAGGAGGAACCGGGGCCCCCAGCGCCCUCCAACCCGUGCGUGCCGCCCCCGUGUGGCAUCAACGCCGAAUGCCGCGUGCAAGGCCAGUCGGCGGUGUGCUCAUGCAUCGGCGACUACAUCGGCGACCCGAAGGACAGGUGCCGGCCACAGUGCGUUACCAACGCCGACUGCGCCGAUGACAAGGCCUGCAUCGACCAGAAGUGCCGUGACCCGUGCCCGGGGCUCUGCGGGGUCAACGCCGAAUGCGAGGUCGUCAACCACAACCCCAUCUGCUUCUGCCCCAAGGAGCUCACCGGGGACCCCUUCAGGUUCUGUGUGGAGAAACCGCUGCCCCCGCGCCCGGCCCCGUGCCAGCCAAACCCUUGCGGGCCCAACUCCGAAUGCCGCCCGAGUGCGGACGACAAACCCAUCUGCUCGUGCCAGCCCGGCUUCUUCGGCUCCCCGUGCCGCCCCGAGUGCACCAUCAACCCCGACUGCCCGAUGACCCGCGCCUGCAUCAACUACAAGUGCGUGGACCCGUGCCAGGGCUCCUGCGGCAUCAACGCGCAGUGCUCCGUGGUCGCGCACAACCCCGUGUGCAGAUGUCCCGACGGCCUCACCGGAGAUCCGUUCAGCCGCUGCUUCGAGAAAGUGCCUAUAGUCCCUGGCCUGGAGACGACCCCCCUCCCCCCUGCGGCCCCCUGCACCCCCUCGUGCGGUGCCAACGCCGAGUGCCAAGUGGUGGGAGGGAAGGGCACUUGCGCCUGCCUUUCCGGCUUUUACGGAAGCCCAGAGCUCGGCUGCACGCCCGAAUGCAUCACCAACUCCGACUGCGUGCCGACUCGUGCCUGCAUCAACCAGCGCUGCGUGGACCCGUGCGCUGGCUCGUGCGGCGUGCAGGCCGAGUGUCGCGUCCUCAACCACAACCCCAUUUGCUCGUGUUCUCGGGGAUACGUCGGGGAUCCUUUCAGGGCGUGUCAUCCUACUCCUGAACCUGUGUUACCCCCGGCGCCUGUGACUCCGUGCCGCCCCGACCCGUGCGGGGACAACGCACGGUGCACGGCGUCAGGCACGGUGGCGUACUGCACGUGUCUCCCCGGAUUCUUUGGAGAUGCGCGCGUGCAGUGCCGCCCCGAAUGCCUGGUGAGCAGUGACUGCCCGCUCACGUUAUCGUGCAUCAGCCAGAAGUGCCGAGACCCGUGCCCUGGCACGUGCGGCAACAACGCUCUCUGCUCCGUCGUCAGCCACAACCCCGUGUGCGUGUGUCCUGAAGGCUACACGGGCGACCCCUUCACCGAGUGCCGCGUCAGACCGCUGCCACCGGCCCAACCGGAGGCGGUGACCAACCCGUGCCUGCCCGACCCCUGCGGCGCCAACGCCCAGUGCCGCGUGCAGGGCAACGUGGCCGUCUGCGAGUGCCGGCCGGGCACCUUCGGCAACCCCAACCAGCCGUCGGGAUGUCGCUACGAAUGCGUCGCCAAUGCCGACUGCCCGAUGGACAGUGCGUGCAUCAACCGGCGCUGCGUGGACCCGUGCGCGGGCACGUGCGGCCUCGAGGCGCUGUGCGACGUGGUGGCUCACAACCCCAUCUGCAGGUGUCCCGCCGGCUACACCGGCGACCCUAUCUAUCGGUGCACCCUGAUCGAUUUGGUAGUGACGCCGGAGGCCGAGACGCCGUCCAGCCCGCCGCAGGACCCGUGCGCCGGCUCGCCCUGCGGCCCUGCGGCGGUGUGCUCCAGCGACCGCGACCGCUUCUCCUGCUCCUGCCAGCCCGGCUACUUCGGCAACCCAUACGAAGGCUGCCGCCCUGAGUGCACCGUCAACUCCGACUGCCCUCCGAGCCGAGCGUGCAUCAACAACAAGUGCGUGAACCCGUGCCCGGGCUCGUGCGGCCUCAACGCCGACUGCCGAGUGCUCAGCCACCAGCCCAGCUGCUACUGCCCGCCGGGCUACACGGGCAACCCGUACUCGCGCUGCUUCAUCGACCGACCCGAUCCAGAGCCCAAGCCGCUGCCGGAGGACCCAUGCCAACCCAGCCCCUGCGGACCGAAUGCGGAGUGCCGGGUCGUAGCUGGCAGGGCGCAGUGCUCCUGCCUCUCGAACUUCCUCGGUUUCCCUCCGUCCUGCCGCCCCGAGUGCGUGCUCAACUCCGACUGCCCUCUGGCUCUGGCCUGCAACAGGCAGAAGUGCCGCGACCCGUGUGUGGGCGUGUGCGGGGUCAACGCAGAGUGUGAGGUCGUCAACCACAACCCCAUCUGCUUCUGCCCCAAGGACCUCACCGGCGAUCCCUUCGUCAGAUGCGUCAAACCUGCGCCGAAGCCCGAGCCGCCACGAAACCCGUGUUCAGGCGACCCGUGCGGCCCGAACGCCGUCUGUCGCGAGAUCAAUCUGCAGCGGGUGUGCACCUGCAUGCCCGGCUUCGUGGGCAACCCGCCCGCGUGCCGCCCAGAGUGCGUGGUGCACCCUGAGUGCCCCCCGCUACUCGCCUGCCUCAAGAACCGCUGCGUGGACCCCUGCAAGGGCACGUGCGGCAUCAACGCCGAGUGCCGCGUCAUCAACCACAACCCGAUUUGCAGCUGCCUCGGCGGCUUCACGGGCGAUCCUUUCGUCCGGUGCACCCCCUCACCGAUCAGUCAGCCCACGCCUCCGCCCGUGGUGAGGCCUCCCAUCACGUCCGUCACAACCAUUACGCCCAAGCCGCCGAUCGCCGGCACCACCCCGACCAUCCAGGAUCCGACGAUUAUCCCGACGGCGGUGGAGCCUGAGAGCGCGCUGCCGCCCAUCGUGGAGUUCCCCGAGGCGCCCGCGCCACCUACGAACCCCUGCGUGCCCGACCCCUGCGGCUCCAAUAGCUACUGCCGCCAGAACGGCGACCGCCACAUGUGCGAGUGCCGUGAGGGCUACUUCGGCAACCCCGAGAUCGGCUGCGGACCCGAGUGCGUGCUCAGCACCGACUGCGCCAGCGGAUUCACAUGCGUCCGCCAGAAGUGCGUCGACCCCUGCCCGACUGCAUGCGGCAACGGGGCUCAGUGCACCGUCGUCAACCACCGGGCCGUGUGUUCCUGCCCAGCGGGUCUUCAGGGCGACCCUUACACGCAGUGCAUAGUCAGUCCCAUCGUCGGAACCACACCGUCCCCCAGCCCGAUGCAGCCCACGGCGAAGACCCCGUGCGAGCCCAACCCGUGCGGCCAGAACGCCGAGUGCCAGCCCGUGGGCCACGACGAGCGCUGCAGCUGCCUUCCGGGCUUCUUCGGCAACCCGUACGAGUACUGCCGCCCAGAGUGCACGUCCGACCCCGAGUGCCCCUCCUACCUGGCGUGCGUGAACCAGAAGUGCAUCGACCCGUGCCCCGGCACCUGUGGUAUCAAUGCCGAGUGUCAGGUAGUCAUUCACGCCCCCAUGUGCUACUGCGAGCCGGGUUAUGUUGGUGACCCCUACCAGUCAUGUCGCCCUGAGCCAAUCACGACGCCCCGCCCCGUGGACCCGUGCAACCCCAGCCCGUGCGGCCCCAACUCCGAGUGCCGCACCGUCGGGGACCGGCCCGUGUGUGAGUGUCUGACUGGAUAUUUCGGCAACCCACCUGAUUGUCGGCCCGAGUGUAUAGUCAAUUCUGAUUGCCCGGUCAUAAUGGCAUGCGUAAACAAGAAGUGUCGUGACCCGUGCGCGGGCGCGUGCGGGACGGACGCCCUGUGCGAGGUGGUCAACCACAACCCCGUCUGCUACUGCCGCCAGGGCAUGACGGGCGACCCCUUCAUCCGCUGCUUCACGCGACCCAUCGAGCCAACCAGUCCUAAACCCCACGAGCCAUCAGACCCGUGCGCUCCCAACCCGUGUGGGUUGAACGCUGACUGCUCCUCCGUAGGCGGUCUGGCGGUGUGCAAAUGCCAGGGUGAUUUGCUAGGCAACCCGUACCAGGCGUGUCGCCACCAGUGCACGGUCAACUCGGACUGCCCUUCCAACAAGGCAUGUUCUCGUAAUAAGUGCGUUGACCCGUGCAUCGGGGCGUGCGGCAUCAACGCCGAUUGCCACGUGUCGCGGCACCGCCCUGUGUGCACGUGUCCCCACGACCUCACGGGAGACCCCUUCUCUCGCUGUGUCCUCGUGACUCCGACCACUCCUGUCCCCGACGACCCCUGUUCGCCCCCUCCAUGCGGCCUCAAUGCCGAGUGCAAGCGCAGGGGCACCGCGUCCUACGACUGCAAGUGCAUCCGGGACUACUUCGGCGACCCCUACUCGGAGUGCCGGCCCGAGUGCGUGGUCAACACCGACUGCCCGAGUGACAUGGCGUGUCGUAACCUCAAGUGCAUCGACCCGUGUCCUGGCACCUGUGGCAUCAACGCCCAGUGCAACACGGUCAACCACAAGCCCGUGUGCGUGUGUCUGCCCGGCUUUGAAGGCAAUGCCUAUGAGAGAUGCCAAGUCGAGGCAGUUACGCCCUCAUCACCGACGGCCGACCCCUGUUCACCCAACCCAUGUGGGCCGUACUCAUCCUGCCGUGUGGUGAGGAAGCGGCCCGUGUGCGAGUGUCUGCCAGGUUACUAUGGCGCCCCUCCUAACUGCCAUCCCGAGUGCACUACCAACCCUGACUGCCCCAAGUACCUAGCGUGUGUCAAUGAGGACUGCGUGGACCCGUGUGUUGGUACCUGCGGCGUUUCUGCGGACUGCCAGGUGGUUAAUCAUAACCCCACCUGUACAUGUCCCAGAGGCUACCAGGGGGAUCCAUACAUUCAGUGUCGUCUGGUUGAGUUAACUUCGAAGUCUCCUGUCCCAGACACCCCUACAACUAUCUCUACGCCCACCGUUCCGACCAUUUCUACACCAGCACGCCCAUGUGCCUCUGAGCCUUGUGGCCAGAACGCUUUAUGUAAACCUUUGGGCGAAUACUUCGAAUGUACAUGCCCAACAGGCCUGUUUGGUAACCCAUACGUGGAGUGCCGAUAUGAAUGCGUUGUAGACUCAGACUGUGCUAGAAACAGGGCUUGUGAACGGAAUAAGUGUAUUGACCCUUGUGUGGGUGUUUGUGGAGAAAGAACAGAGUGCCAUGUGAUCAUGCACAGGCCUGUGUGUACAUGUAUGCCCGGGUUAACGGGUGAUGCCUACACAGCAUGUAACCCUGUGAAAGUGACAACUGUGCUCCCACCACCACUGCCACAACGAGAGGAACCAUGCCAGCAAACCACCUGUGGCUCCCUGGCUGAGUGCUAUGAGGAGAAUGGCCGGCCAGUGUGCCAUUGCAUUGAAGGUUUUGUGGGUGACCCAUAUGUAGCAUGUCGACCUCACUGCACUGCAGAUUCGCAUUGUGCUUCUGGCCUUGCAUGUGUCAAUGACAAGUGCAUUGACCCAUGUCCAGGUACAUGUGGCAUUAAUGCUGAGUGUAUAGUGCCAAAUCAUGUCCCUAUUUGUACCUGCCCACCUGGUUACACAGGCAGUGCAUAUCAGCGUUGCUUCCCAAAACCGGAUACAUCCUCGGAGUCUGGUGAGGACCUGUGUGAAGUGUGUGGGUCCAAUGCGGAGUGUCGUGAAGUGGAUGGCCGUCCAGUGUGCACUUGCCUACCUGGAUUUCUUGGUGCACCACCAAACUGCCACCCAGAGUGUAUCGUCAAUCGUGACUGUUCCACAGUACAUGCAUGCAAUAAACAAAAGUGUGUUGACCCAUGCGUUGGAGCUUGUGGUACAAAUGCAGAUUGCCGUGUCAUCAAUCAUUCUCCUGUGUGCACCUGCCUUACAGGUUACACUGGUGAACCAUUCGUCAGGUGCAAUCGUAUCCCUGUUGCCCAGCCAACUCCUCCACCUCCUGUUACGGAACGUCCUGAUCCAUGCCGUGAGGGAACUUGUGGUCCCAAUGCCAACUGCCGUGUGCAGGGAACUCGUGGCAUCUGUACCUGCAUUGAAGGCUACUUUGGUAACCCAUAUGUACAAUGUCGCCCUGAGUGUGUCAUCAACUCUCAGUGUCCUCAGUACUUGGCUUGCAACAAUCAGCGGUGUGUUGAUCCUUGUCCAGGUACCUGUGGCAUUGAUGCCAUCUGUGAGGUUGUCAACCAUAACCCCUUGUGUUCCUGCCCUCGCAGCAUGACAGGCGAUCCCUUUGUUCGCUGUGAACCGAUCCGUGCUCCUCCUGAUCCAUGCAUCCCUACUCCAUGUGGACCAUACACCAAAUGUCAAGUUGUGAAAGACAGAGCAGUGUGUUCUUGCCUUCCUGGCUACUUUGGAAACCCAGACCUUGGAUGCAAGACAGAGUGUACCAUCAACUCUGAUUGCCCUCUGAGUAGUGCAUGCAUUAACAGGAAAUGUGUUGACCCAUGCAUUGGCGUGUGUGGUAAUCAGGCUGAGUGUAUUGUGGUCAGCCACAACCCAUUGUGUAGCUGCCCUGAUGGUUUCAUUGGUGAUCCUCUUGUUUCCUGUAAACUAAAGCCUGCUGUACCAGUUGAUCCAUGUAACCCCAAUCCCUGUGGAAUCAAUGCUAAUUGUGAAGUCAAGAAUAACCGAGCAUUCUGUACUUGCUUCCCUGGAUACUUUGGUAACCCAGAUGUGGAGUGCAGACCUGAGUGCAUCAUCAAUUCUGACUGCCCCCGAUACCUGGCAUGUGCUAAUCAGAAAUGUAUUGACCCAUGCCCAGGCUCCUGUGGCAUCAAUGCACUCUGUGAUGUUAUCAACCAUAAUGCCAUGUGCAGCUGUCCACGUGGUUACAACGGCGACCCAUAUGUCGAGUGCAGAGUUGAUUCUACUACACGACCCCCACCAAUAGCUGAAACGCCUGAAAUUAGACCACCACAACAGCCCAUUACCCAACGUCCAACACCCAUUCCUACUGCUCCGCCAAUUAUAGUUGGGUGUGAAAGCAACGACCAGUGCAGCUUCGACAACACAUGUGUAAAUCGUCUCUGCCUGGAUGUCUGCCAUCCUGGGUUGUGUGGUGAAAAUGCCGACUGUCAAACUGUAGGACAUCGCCCAUCCUGUGUGUGUCCACCGGGGACAACAGGCAAUCCCACAGUACACUGCAGUGCUAUGGCAACACAGAAACCAGAAAUUACCAUUUCACCUAUAGCAGAUAUACCUGUAGUACAUAUAGACCCACUGAUUCCAGAAGCUGGCACAACCACCACACCCCUUCCACCACUAGCAGAGAUGCCAACAACAAAGACUCCAGAGCCAGUAAUUGAACGACCAAAGCCACAGCCAAUUGUUCCUCCAAUAGCAAUUGCUUGUACAAAUAAUGAUGAUUGCACAACAGACAACUCGUGCAUCAACAAACUUUGCUAUGAUGUAUGUAGUCUUGGAGUGUGUGGAGAUGAUGCAGACUGUAAGAUUCAUAAUCACCGUCCAGUCUGCAGUUGUCCUCCAGGGACCACAGGAGACCCUACAACUGGUUGUCAUGCAGUUCUUACAGAAAGGCCAUUGGUACCACCUUCACCCAUUCCAGAAGUAAGUUCAACACAGCCAGGUGAUCCAAUUAGACCCAUAGCUGAACCAACAAGUCCUGGACUUCCUCCAUUGGCUGAACUUCCUACACCAAGACCAACACAGCCUCCAGUGACUACGCCUCCUCCACCACCCACACCUGGUCCCAUACCUGUAGGAUGUGAAACUUCAGAUGACUGUCCAUCAGAUAAUUCGUGUGUUAACAGACUCUGCUUUGAUGUUUGUUAUCCAGGUCUAUGUGGAGAAAGUGCCGAUUGCCAGACUCAAGGAAAUCGUCCAGUAUGCAAAUGUCCACCAGGAACCACUGGAAACCCGACAAUCAAGUGUUCGGCGGUGGCAUUCGAGAUGCCACCAAAACCAUAUCCACCAGAGGUAGGAGAAAAGCCUUUACAACCAGACACUCCAAUCAGUCCCAUUGCAGGUCCUACAACCACAGGACCCCCACCUCUGGCAGAAGAAUCAUCUCGUCCUCCACCUGAACCUCUACCUCCACGACCUCCACCAGCUCCCAUUGUACCAGCAAUACCCAUUGCAUGUGAAAAUAAUGAUGACUGUGAUAUGGACAACUCCUGCUUGAAUAAACUGUGCUAUGAUGCAUGUACCUUAGGGAUAUGUGGAGAAGAUGCUCAUUGCAGAACUGUUGAUCAUCGACCUAUUUGUCUUUGUCCAUAUGGGACAUCUGGUGAUCCUCAAGUAGGGUGCAAAGCAAUUUCCACAGAGAGACCUACAACAGUUAUUCCAAUAACAGAAUUACCAGUUGUCAGUGAUGUACCAAUUCAUGCAGUCCCAGGUCCAUCGUCUCCCCCGCCAUCCCCUAUUACUGAACGACCAACUACACGGCCACCUGAAACUCUAAGGCCUCGGCCUCCAGCAAUUCCAACACCUCCACCCAAUCCAGUUGGCUGUGAAAGCACUGAUGAUUGUCCAUAUGAUAACAGCUGCAUCAACCGUCUUUGUCUGGAUGUAUGUCAUCCUGGUCUGUGUGGUGAUAAUGCUGACUGCCAGACCAUUGGCCAUAGACCUCUAUGCCUGUGCCCUCCUGGCACUACAGGCAACCCUACAGAGAGCUGCAAGGCAGUUGCUACUGACAGACCUAUAACUCUGUCUCCUAUGACAGGCGCUCCAGGAAUAACUCCAGAUCACCAGAUUGUACCAGGAAUUGGACCAUCAACACCAACACCACCACCUCUAACUGAGACACCAACACCAAGACCUCCAUUGCCAACAACUCCCAGACCUCCAUCAGCCCCAGUUGUUCCACCUUUCGUAAUUGCUUGUACAAACAAUGAUGACUGCACAAUGGAUAACUCUUGCAUCAACAACCUUUGCUAUGAUGUAUGUAGUCUUGGAGUGUGUGGAGAUGAUGCAGACUGUAAGAUUCAUAAUCAUCGUCCAGUUUGCAGUUGUCCUCCAGGAACCACAGGAGAUCCUUCCUAUGGAUGUCAGGCAGUACUUACAGAAAGGCCAUUGGUACCACCUUCACCCAUUCCAGAAAUAAGUUCAACACAGCCAGGAGAUCCAAUCAGACCCAUAGCUGAACCAACAAGUCCAGGACUUCCUCCAUUGGCUGAACUUCCUACACCAAGACCAACACAGCCUCCAGUGACUACGCCUCCUCCACCACCCACACCUGGCCCCAUACCUGUAGGAUGUGAAACUUCUGAUGAAUGUCCAUCAGAUAAUUCGUGUGUUAACAGACUCUGCUUUGAUGUUUGUUAUCCAGGUCUAUGUGGAGAAAGUGCAGAUUGUCAGACUCAAGGAAAUCGACCCUUGUGUACAUGUCCACCAGGAACCACUGGAAAUCCAACCAUCAAGUGUUCUGCAAUGGCUUUUGAAAUGCCACCAAAACCAUAUCCACCACAAGUAGGAGAAAAGCCUUUACAACCAGACACUCCAAUCAGUCCCAUUGCAGGUCCUACAACCACAGGACCCCCACCUUUAGUAGAAGAAUCAUCUCGUCCUCCACCUGAGCCUCUACCACCACGGCCUUUACCACCACCAAUUGUUCCAGCAAUACCCAUUGCAUGUGAAAAUAAUGAUGACUGUGAUAUGGACAACUCCUGCUUGAACAAAUUAUGUUAUGAUGCUUGUAGUCUUGGAAUUUGUGGAGAUGAUGCUGAAUGUACAACUGUCAAUCACAGACCAGUCUGCCUUUGUCCUCAUGGAACAUCUGGUGAUCCUCAGGUAGGAUGCAAAGCAAUUUCCACAGAGAGACCUACAACAGUUAUUCCAAUAACAGAAUUACCAGUUGUCAGUGAUGUACCAAUUCAUGCAGUCCCAGGUCCAUCGUCUCCCCCGCCAUCCCCUAUUACUGAACGACCAACUACACGGCCGCCUGAAACUCUAAGGCCUCGGCCUCCAGCAAUUCCAACACCUCCACCCAAUCCAGUUGGCUGUGAAAGCACUGAUGAUUGUCCAUAUGAUAACAGCUGCAUCAACCGUCUUUGUCUGGAUGUAUGUCAUCCUGGUCUGUGUGGUGAUAAUGCUGACUGCCAGACCAUUGGCCACAGACCUUUAUGCCUGUGCCCUCCUGGCACUACAGGCAACCCUACAGAGAGCUGCAAGGCAGUUGCUACUGACAGACCUACAACUCUGUCUCCUAUGACAGGCGCUCCAGGAAUAACUCCAGAUCACCAGAUUGUACCAGGAGUUGGACCAUCAACACCAACACCACCACCUCUAACUGAGACACCAACACCAAGACCUCCAUUGCCAACAACUCCCAGACCUCCAUCAGCCCCGGUUGUUCCACCUUUCGUAAUUGCUUGUACAAACAAUGAUGACUGCACAAUGGAUAACUCUUGCAUCAACAACCUUUGCUAUGAUGUAUGUAGUCUUGGAGUGUGUGGAGAUGAUGCAGACUGUAAGAUUCAUAAUCAUCGUCCAGUUUGCAGUUGUCCUCCAGGAACCACAGGAGAUCCUUCUUAUGGAUGUCAGGCAGUACUUACAGAAAGGCCAUUGGUACCACCUUCACCCAUUCCAGAAAUAAGUUCAACACAGCCAGGAGAUCCAAUUAGACCCAUAGCUGAACCAACAAGUCCAGGACUUCCUCCUUUGGCUGAACUUCCUUCACCAAGACCAACACAGCUUCCAGUUACUACGCCUCCUCCACCACCCACACCUGGUCCCAUACCUGUAGGAUGUGAAACUUCUGAUGAAUGUCCAUCAGAUAAUUCAUGUGUUAACAGACUCUGCUUUGAUGUUUGUUAUCCAGGUCUAUGUGGAGAAAGUGCCGAUUGCCAGACUCAAGGAAAUCGACCCUUGUGUACAUGUCCACCAGGAACCACUGGAAACCCAACUAUCAAAUGUUCUGCAAUGGCUUUCGAAAUGCCACCAAAACCAUAUCCACCACAAGUAGGAGAAAAGCCUUUACAACCAGACACUCCAAUCAGUCCCAUUGCAGGUCCUACAACCACAGGACCCCCACCUUUAGUAGAAGAAUCAUCUCGUCCUCCACCUGAGCCUCUACCACCACGGCCUUUACCACCACCAAUUGUUCCAGCAAUACCCAUUGCAUGUGAAAAUAAUGAUGAUUGUGAUAUGGACAACUCCUGCUUGAACAAAUUAUGUUAUGAUGCUUGUAGUCUUGGAAUUUGUGGAGAUGAUGCUGAAUGUACAACUGUCAAUCACAGACCAGUCUGCCUUUGUCCUCAUGGAACAUCUGGUGAUCCUCAGUUAGGAUGCAAAGCAAUUUCCACAGAGAGACCUACAACAGUUAUUCCAAUAACAGAAUUACCAGUUGUCAGUGAUGUACCAAUUCAUGCAGUCCCAGGUCCAUCGUCUCCCCCGCCAUCCCCUAUUACUGAACGACCAACUACACGGCCACCUGAAACUCUAAGGCCUCGGCCUCCAGCAAUUCCAACACCUCCACCCAAUCCAGUUGGCUGUGAAAGCACUGAUGAUUGUCCAUAUGAUAACAGCUGCAUCAACCGUCUUUGUCUGGAUGUAUGUCAUCCUGGUCUGUGUGGUGAUAAUGCUGACUGCCAGACCAUUGGCCACAGACCUUUAUGCCUGUGCCCUCCUGGCACUACAGGCAACCCUACAGAGAGCUGCAAGGCAGUUGCUACUGACAGACCUACAACUCUGUCUCCUAUGACAGGCGCUCCAGGAAUAACUCCAGAUCACCAGAUUGUACCAGGAAUUGGACCAUCAACACCAACACCACCACCUCUAACUGAGACACCAACACCAAGACCUCCAUUGCCAACAACUCCCAGACCUCCAUCAGCCCCAGUUGUUCCACCUUUCGUAAUUGCUUGUACAAACAAUGAUGACUGCACAAUGGAUAACUCUUGCAUCAACAACCUUUGCUAUGAUGUAUGUAGUCUUGGAGUGUGUGGAGAUGAUGCAGACUGUAAAGUUCAUAAUCAUCGUCCAGUUUGCAGUUGUCCUCCAGGAACCACAGGAGAUCCUUCUUAUGGAUGUCAGGCAGUACUUACAGAAAGGCCAUUGGUACCACCUUCACCCAUUCCAGAAAUAAGUUCAACACAGCCAGGUGAUCCAAUUAGACCCAUAGCUGAACCAACAAGUCCUGGACUUCCUCCUUUGGCUGAACUUCCUUCACCAAGACCAACACAGCCUCCAGUGACUACGCCUCCUCCACCACCCACACCUGGUCCCAUCCCUGUAGGAUGUGAAACUUCUGAUGAAUGUCCAUCAGAUAAUUCAUGUGUUAACAGACUCUGCUUUGAUGUUUGUUAUCCAGGUCUAUGUGGAGAAAGUGCCGAUUGUCAGACUCAAGGAAAUCGUCCAGUAUGCAAAUGUCCACCAGGAACCACUGGAAAUCCAACAAUCAAAUGUUCAGCAGUAGCUUUCGAAAUGCCACCAAAACCAUUUCCACCAGAAGUAGGAAAAGAGCCAGAACCAGACACUCCUAUCAUUCCCAUUGCAGGUCCUACAACCACAGGACCCCCACCUUUAGUAGAAGAAUCAUCUCGUCCUCCACCUGAACCUCUACCUCCACGACCUGUACCACCGCCCAUUGUUCCUGCUGUACCUAUUGCUUGUAAAAAUAAUGAUGACUGUGAUGUGGAUAAUUCUUGUUUGAAUAGGCUUUGCUAUGAUGCUUGCAGUCUAGGAAUAUGUGGCCAAGAUGCAGACUGUAAGACAAGUAAUCACAGACCUGUUUGUAUAUGUCCUCCUGGAACAACAGGUGAUCCACAGAUCCAGUGUCAGGCUCUUUCUAUUCACAAGCCUACGCCUCCUGUACCAAUAGCAGAAAGUGUUUCGCCUCCUGUGGAACAACCAAUCAGACCUGUGGCAGGUCCAUCUUCUGUUGCUCCUCCUCCUCUUGCCUCUGAACAGCCACCAAGACCUGCUGAGCCUCCAGUAAUUCAGCCUCCACCAGUUCCUACUCCUCCACCAAUUCCAGUUGGAUGUCAAAGUAAUGAUGAAUGUCCAUAUGACAAUACUUGUGUAAACAGACUGUGCUUCAACGUAUGUUUCCCUGGACUUUGCGGUGAUAAUGCUGACUGUCAGACACAUGGACAUAGGCCAGCAUGUAUAUGUCCUCCUGGGACAACCGGUAACCCAACUAUCCGCUGCACUGCAAUUGUAGCUGAAAGUCCAGACACUCUUCCACCUCCUAUAGCAGCAAGCACGUCCCCAAGACCUGAUGAACCAAUUGUACCUGUAGUAGGGCAGUCAUCUCCAAUGCCUCCUCCUCUUGUAGAGGAACCAACAACACGACCUCCUGAACCUACAACACCUCGUCCCCCAGCAACACCCAUACUUCCUCCGGUUGUUAUAGCUUGUACCAACAAUGAUGAAUGUCCAAUGGAUAACUCAUGUUUGAAUCAUAUCUGUUAUGAUGCUUGUGCCAUUGGCAUCUGUGGGGAAGAUGCUGACUGCAAGAUCCAUAAGCAUCGACCUGUGUGCAAUUGCCCCCCAGGCACAACAGGAAAUCCUACAAUUGGUUGUCACGCAAUCUUGUCAGAACAGACAACCAUACAGACACCUAUCGGGGAAACUGUUUCUCCACCACCUGACAGCCCAAUUCAUCCUGUAUCUCCUCCACCAUCUACAACUCCGGCACCUAUAGGGGAGGAACCUCCAAGAAGGCCAACAGAACCUACAACUGGCCAUCCUCCACCUCCACCUCUACCUCUACCAGUACCAGUAGGAUGUGAGAGUAUUGAUGAGUGUCCAUAUGAUAAUUCUUGUGUCAACAAACUUUGUUUGGAUAUAUGUCACCCUGGCCUGUGUGGUGAAAAUGCAGACUGCCAAACAAAGGGCCACCGACCAGUUUGUGCAUGUCCACCAGGAACAACAGGAAAUCCUACACUUAAGUGUUCUGCAAUAGCAGUAUUAGAUCCUGUGAAACCGCCAUCACCUGUUGGUGAAGUGCAGACACCACCUCCAGAUUCUCCCAUUAUACCAGUUUCUCCUCCUCCUUCCACAACUCUACCACCAGAAACUGAAGUAACACCAAGUCAUCCAGUGGAACCAUUACCCACACCCCCUCCCACACCAAUAGUGCCACCUAUACAGAUUGCCUGUGAGAAUAAUGAUGAUUGUGAUAUAGACAACUCCUGCAUUAAUUUGCUGUGUUAUGAUGUCUGCAGCCUUGGCAUAUGUGGAGACAGUGCAGACUGCAAGACUCUGAAUCAUAGGCCUGUGUGUGUGUGUCCACCUGGAACUACAGGAGAUCCACAGACUCGCUGCACUGCACUGCUCACAGAGAUACCAUCUACACCAGUACCUCCUGUUGCCGAAACAGUUGAACCACCCCAACAGCCUGUGAGGCCUGUUGCAGUUACAUCAACAACGCCUUUACCUCUGUCAGAGACGCAGCCCCCCAUUAUAAAGGACCCGCUACCACUUCCCCCUGCACUACCAUCAACUGAAGCUCCCUUACCUGUUGGAUGUGCUACAAGUGGUGAAUGUGCCUUUGAUGAGAAAUGUGUGAACCGUCUCUGUGUCAAAGUAUGCAGCCUUAUGCCAUGUGAUACAAAUUCAGAUUGUUUUGUACAGCUGCACGAGGCCGUCUGUACACCAAUUGCCCCUAUCACUGCACGACCACAGUGCGUCAUUGAUCCUGACUGCUUCACAACACAGGUCUGCAUUAGCAAUGUGUGUCGUGAUGUUUGUCUUACAAGCAACCCAUGUGCCCCGAUGGCAGUGUGCACUGCAGAGAACCAUCGUCCCCGCUGCAACUGCCCACCUGGCUAUGUUGGAAACCCCUUCAUCUCCUGUCGCAGACCUGAACAACCCACACCACCGCCAGUAAUACCACUCACAACUUCUCGACCAGAGUGUAUUGUCGAUGGAGAUUGCGCCUAUCAUCUGGCAUGUCUUAAUCGAGAAUGUAAAAAUCCAUGCCUGUAUCGAGAUGUCUGUGGCUUUAAUGCAGAGUGCCUUGUCACAGUUCACACACCAAUGUGUAUGUGCAGCCCUGGAUACACUGGCAACCCUUAUGUCCAGUGUUCACCCCCCACCACUCCUGCCCCAACCCCUGAUCCACCUGUCAUCCAGCCUCAGUGUACUGUGAAUGAAGAUUGCCUAGAUCACCAAGCAUGCUUCAGCGGGAGCUGCCAGAACCCUUGUCUGGUAGCUAACCCGUGUGCCCCUACGGCUCUCUGUGAUGUCACAAGGCACCGCCCAGUGUGUUCUUGUCCUUCGGGAUUAACGGGAGACCCCUACCUCCAGUGCACCAUGAUUGAGCUCACAACCCCACGCCCUGAGUGCAGGGUGGAUGAGGAAUGUAGUGAUGCUCUCGCCUGCGUGGCACAGCAAUGCAAGAACCCCUGUGCCAUCUACGAUAACUGUGCCCCUAAUGCUGAAUGUCACGUGACCCGGCAUCGCCCUGUGUGUUCUUGCCCAGAUGGCUUUGUCGGGAAUCCCAACAUUCAGUGUCUUGUCGCCGGGUGCCGUGCCAACUCGGACUGCCCAGUGCAACAGGCAUGCAUCAACCAGGAGUGUGAGGACCCUUGUGACUUCGAAGACUGCGGCAUCAACGCUGAGUGCCGUGUCGUCAACCAUCGCGCUCAGUGUUAUUGUCCGGACAGUUUCCUGGGCGACCCAUACGUUCGAUGUGAGCGCCCUGACUGCGUGGUCGACGAGGAGUGCCCAUCGUGGCUCGCCUGCAUCGACCAGGAGUGCGAAGACCCGUGCAACUGCGGGCCCAAUGCUGACUGCCGUGUUGUCAAUCAUCGUCCUCAGUGCUUGUGUCGACCAGGCUAUGAGGGCAACGGCUUCGUUGAGUGCACGCUGAGACCCGUGGGCGAACCGUCAUUCAAGGAGUGCCAGACCGACGGUGACUGCCCGAGCAAGAUGGCAUGCUUCGACGGCCGCUGCGAUGACCCCUGCCUUGUCGUCAAGCCCUGCGGGGUCAAUGCCAAGUGCGAGGUCAUCGACACCCUGCCAUACAGGACCAUGACUUGCGAGUGCCUCCCGGGCUUCAUCGGAAAUGCCUACGUCGAGUGCUCGCCACGCCCGACAGAACCGCCAGGCUGUGCUGCCGACGACGAGUGUGGCCCGACGGAGGUGUGCCGCAACCGACAGUGCCUCGACCCCUGUGCCAUCCUCAACCCGUGCGCGCCCAAUGCUGAGUGCCAGGUCCUGAACCGCCGCCCUCAGUGCUCGUGUCCGCCCGGAUACACAGGCAACCCGAACGUCAACUGUUACCUGAUUCCGGCCUUGGAGCCCGCCUGCCGCUCCGACAUCGACUGCCCGACGGACGAGGCGUGCAUCAACCAGAUCUGCGUGGACCCGUGCCUGAUGGAGGACCCGUGCGGCCGCAACGCCCUCUGCAAGACCCAGCAGCACCGUCCAACCUGCUCGUGCCCCGAAGGAUGGGCGGGCAACCCCCAGAUAGAGUGCUUCCAGCCUGAUUGCUUGGUGGACGAGGACUGUCCCACGGACAAGGCGUGUGUCAGCCAGAACUGUGUAGACCCUUGCUCGUACAGCGGCCCGGCCUGCGGACUCAACGCCGAGUGCAGAGCCGUGCUGCAUCGUGCCCAGUGCUAUUGCCCGCCGGGUAUGCAAGGCAACCCCAGCGUGGCUUGCGUGGCGGUGGGAUGCACCUCCAGCGAUGACUGUGCUGACGAUAAGGCCUGCGACCGCCUCAACCGAGUCUGUAUCCCCGUGUGCGAGGUCUCCACGUGCGCCGUGCAGGCCGAGUGCAACGCCGCCAACCACGCAGCCAUGUGCGUGUGCCCGCCGCCACUCAGGGGCAACCCAUACCUCCAGUGCUUCCAAGUGCAAGAGCCACCCAUAACGGAGGCCCCUGUGGAGCCCGAGUGCCGCAAAGACCCCGACUGCCCCUCGCAGCACGCCUGCAUCAACGCCAUUUGCCAGAAUCCCUGCGCGCUCGGAAACCCCUGCCUGCCAUCCCAGGAGUGCCGCGUGGUCGACGGAGUGCCACUCAGAACCAUGGUUUGCGAGUGUCCACCCAACCAGAUCUUGGUCAAGGACGGCGUCUGCAUCAGACCAGGCGUGGUCGAACCGCAGUGCCGCGAAGACGAUGACUGCGCCGACCACGAGGACUGUCGGGAAGGCACCUGCGUGAACGUGUGCCGCCCUGACCCGUGUGGCCUGAAUGCCAUCUGCAUGGGAGAGAACCACGAGGCGCGCUGCCAGUGUGCCCCCGGCUACAUUGGCGACCCCUUCGUGCAGUGCAGGAGGAAGCCCGCCGUGUCCGAGAUGCCCGACCCCGAGUGCACGACCAACGACCAGUGCAGCGAUUCAGAGUCGUGCGUCAACCAGUACUGCGUGAACCCGUGCAUCCUGGACGACCCUUGCGCCCAGAAUGCCUUCUGCUACGUACGCGAACACCGCCCCGUCUGCAGGUGUCCGGAGGGCUUCGUCGGCGUUCCUGAGAUUGAGUGUCGACCUUCGACAGUGCCAAUUCCGGCCGGGGCCUCAAACUGGACCACAGGUGGCACUGGCAAGGCAUGCCGCAACCACCGGGACUGCGGGCCCGACCAGUGGUGCGAGGGCGGUCAGUGCCUCCGCCCGUGCCCCUCCGCGUGCCCUCCCACUGCACUGUGCCGCGUGCAUGACCAGCGCCCCGUGUGCUCCUGCCCCCCCAGCACCACCGGCAACCCCCAGGACCAGUGCCACCCAUUCGGUUGUGUGACAGACGACGACUGCCCUUUCACUGAAAAAUGCUUCCGUGGUCAGUGCCGCAACCCAUGCAACGCUGGCCGCCCAUGCGCACCCACGGCCACUUGCACACCAUCCAACCACCACGCACUGUGUACAUGUCCACCUGGUUACACGGGAAGUCCAACUGACUCCUGUGAACCAGUGGGUUGUACCUCCUCUAACGAAUGCCCAAGCGACCAGGCCUGCUAUAGGGGAUCCUGUGUGAACCCCUGUGUCCUGGAUUCCCCCUGUGGCCCGGGCACUUCCUGCCUUACCACUGGCCACACUGCCACGUGCGCCUGUCGCCCUGGGCUCUUCGGGGACCCGCAUAUUUCAUGCACUGUUCCGGAAACCACGGCGCCACAGUGCAAGACAGACUUUGACUGUGUAGGAACUAAGGGUUGUAUUGAUGGAACAUGCAAAGACCUGUGUACAUAUCUGCGACCUUGUGGUGAAAACGCUCUCUGCCGCACUGUAGACAUGACCAAUUUGCGAACAGUUUCUUGCGAGUGCCCACCAGGACAUACUGGAAGUGCCUAUGAAAAGUGCCAAAAAGUAGAUGAAGAACAGCCCAAGUGCCAACUAGAUGCCGAGUGUCCCUUGUUCGAAGGCUGUAUUGACUCCCAGUGCAAGGACCCGUGCGAAGAGAACCCGUGCGCCCUGAAUGCAGAGUGCCGUGCAGUCAACCACCGUGCCAUCUGCUACUGUCCCCCUGGCUACACCGGGGACGGACACACAGUCUGCUCUCGCCUGGAGUGCAGCCGAGACACCGACUGCCUUGAGGAUAGCGUUUGCUUCAACAACAGGUGUACUUUGGCUUGCACUCUCUCAAGGCCGUGUGGCACAAAUGCCAAGUGCCAGGCCGCCUUACACAGAUCAGAGUGCCAGUGUCUCCCGGGCUACAAGGGAGACCCUUACUCAGUGUGCUCAAGCGUUCAGUGCACCUCAGAUGACUCAUGUCCUUCCACACACGCUUGUUAUAACAAGAACUGCGUGGACCCUUGUCAGCAAGACCGAUCGUGCCAUCCGUCACAGGAAUGUAAGGUCGUUAAUCACAAGCCCGUCUGCAGCUGCCCCGCUGGCUUCACCCAACAAACAGACAAGUGUAUUCCUGUGGGCCCUGGAUGCUCUGUUGAUAAUGACUGCAAUCCCGGUGAGGGUUGUUUGGACGGAAAAUGUACGGACCUUUGCCGAGAUAAUCCCUGCGGGCUAAAGGCAACCUGCACUGUACAAAACGGCCGCCCCCUGGCCAGUGUCUUGUGCCAGUGCGGGCCGGGCCUGACUGGAGACCCCUUCAGAGAAUGCAUCACCGUGCCAGCCCCAAGCCCAGGAUGCACCACAGAGUACGACUGUCCAUGGGCUGAGACCUGUGAAGACGGCCGCUGUGUAGACCCUUGCCAGACCACUCGCUGUGCUCCGGGGGCCAUCUGCCGUGCCCUUGGACACCGUGGGGUCUGCUCCUGUGCUUCUGGCUCCCAGGGAGAUCCCAACGUCCUCUGCACGACAAUUGGCUGUACACAAAGGUCAGAUUGCCCGGUGGAAGAAGCAUGUGUCAAUGGACGAUGCGUGGACCCAUGCAAGGAGAGGAAUCCCUGUGGCCCGAACGCCAAAUGCCAAACCACCAAGCAAGGCCCAGUAUGCACGUGUCCUGAAGGCUUUGAGGGCGAUGCCUAUAUCAGGUGCCAACCUUCAGGCUGCCAGGACAAUUCCCAGUGCCCCGUCAGCCAGGAGUGCCGCGAGGGAGAGUGCAUGGACCCGUGUGAUCUCCAGCAGUGUGUAGCCAAUUCUGAAUGUGUUGUGCAGAAUCACCGAGCAACAUGCAAGUGCCUCGAAGGGUACAGUGGGAACCCUGACCGAUUCUGUUCCCCACCGCCCACUGCAGGAUGCCGCAGUGACAAGGACUGCCCUGCUUUGCAAGGUUGCAUUGAUGGGAAGUGCCAAGAUCUUUGCGAGGUGAUUCACCCUUGUGGCACCAGCGCCGUGUGCAAGAUCAUUGACAACAGACCUUUCAGAGCGAUGUCCUGCUCUUGCCCCGACGGCUAUGAGGGCGACCCCUACUACGCUUGCACUGCAGUAACUGAAGAAGACUGUGGCUCUGAUCUCGAGUGUCCCUUGCGAUUCUCUUGCGAGGCAGGGAAAUGCCGAAAUCCCUGUCCUGCCGGAUGUGGCACCAAUGCCACGUGCUCCGUCCUCAACCAUCGCCCUGUGUGCCACUGUCAGCCAGGCUAUGCCGGUAUUCCAGAGGAAGGAUGUUAUAAGAUUGAUUGUGAAACUGACGAUAACUGCCAAGACUCAGAAAUCUGCAGACAGAACGUUUGCGUCGAUCCGUGUCGCAAGGACAACCCCUGCCCACCGAGUGCCAAAUGUAUCACUGCCAAUCACCGUGCUCAGUGCCAGUGCCCCCCAGGUACCUCAGGGAACCCACAGGUGUCCUGCCAGCUGGUGGAGUGCACGGCGGACCUGGACUGCAAGAGCUUCGAGGCCUGCGUCAACGGCGAGUGCAAGGACCCCUGCUCCUACUACAACCCAUGUGCCGUCGGCGCCACGUGCAGAGUCGCCAACCACAAAUACACUUGCACGUGCCCGCCGGGGCUUCACGGCGACCCGAGGUUCAGCUGCGCGGCCCCGAAAGACCCUCUGGGGUGUGUCGUGGACAAGGACUGCCCCGACACGCACGGCUGCAUCCUCAGCUCGCUCGUGACGCGCUAUCACAGUAAGAUCUCCUCUGUGUACGUCCGCUUCGACGAUAAGGAUUCCGGCGCGACCUGCAGGGACCUCUGCGAGGAACACAAGCCGUGCGGCCCCAACGCCGUCUGCUCGGUCAUUGACUCCAAGCCUCGGCGCUCCAUGAGCUGCGCCUGCCCGCCCGGCUUCCACGGCGACGCCAAGAUUGAAUGCCGAGAAAUUCCAUCUCAAGGAGGAUGUAUCCGAGAUACAGACUGUCUCUUCAGCGAGGCCUGCAUUGAAGGGCUGUGUCGAGACCCUUGCAAUUGUGGUCUCAACGCCCAGUGCCACGUGUCGCAGCAUCGCCCAUACUGCAGCUGUCCGUUCGGCCACGCUGGCGAUCCCAACGUUGCUUGCUAUAGAACCGAAUGCAACAGUGACGUUGACUGUCCGAGCGACAAGGCCUGCGAGGAUCACGAGUGCGUGGAUCCCUGCGCGAGCGAGGCGGCCCCGUGCGCCCCCUCCGCCCAGUGCCGAGUGCUCGGACACAAAGCGCAGUGCUCGUGCUCGCCGGGGGAGCGAGGCGACCCCAAGAUCCAGUGUCUGGCGAUUGCCUGCAGAGGCGACUCGGAGUGUCCUCAUAACAUGGCGUGCGAAGACGACCAGUGCUUAGACCCGUGUGAGCGAGACGCGUGUGGUGUGGGCGCUGUGUGCUCAGUGACGGCCCACAAACGCGCCUGUCAGUGCUUGGAAGGAUACUCGGGCGACCCAGAGGUGGCGUGCCGCCCGCAUAGCUGGGCAUGCGUGGUGGAUCAUGACUGUGGUGUGGGAUUGGUGUGUGUGCGUGGAGGGUGUGCCGACCCUUGCAAGCAGGAAAGGCCGUGCGCAGCCAAUGCAAUGUGCACUGUGCAAGAAACAAGACCCAUCAAGUCCGUGACCUGCACGUGCCCGGCAGGGUUCACAGGCGACGCAGAAGUCCAGUGUCGCAAAAUAACCCCCCCACCCGAGGCACCCUGCUCACGUGACAGCGAGUGCCCGGACACCCUGGCCUGCUUGGAGGGCCAGUGCCUCGACCCGUGUGCGUGCGGGGAGGGCGCCCUCUGCCGAGUGACCAACCACCACCCAGUGUGUUCUUGCGCACCUGGGUACCGCGGAGACCCUUACACUGCGUGCUACGACACGGGCUGCCGAACAGACUCGGAAUGCCCAGCGACAGACAGGUGCUAUAACGGAGAGUGCGUUAACCCGUGCUACGUCAGGAACCCGUGUGCAAUCAGUGCCGAAUGCUUUGCAACCCGCCACGAGGCACAGUGCCGCUGCCCAUCCGGCCUGGAGGGCGACCCGUAUGUAAAAUGCGAGAACCUGAAGUGCCGCGCCGACCACGAGUGCCCAGACGACAGAACUUGCAAAAACGGAUAUUGCGUAGAGGCUUGCCUGUACACCAGCUGUGCCUCGGACGCCACCUGCAGGCCAGAGAACCACCGCGGCGUGUGCGUGUGUCCCCCGGGCUCCAAGGGCGACCCGACGUUCAGAUGCCAAACAGACGAAGGCCCGAUAGAGCCAGCCUGCAAGGCGGACGUAGAUUGCACAAAGGGAAUGGCCUGCAUCAAUAAUCGGUGCCAGGACCUGUGUGCCACCCAGACCUGCGGGGAAAACGCACAGUGCCGCGUGGUGGAGUCUUUGCCCUUCAGGACGAUGGUGUGCGAGUGCUUGCCUGGCUACAAGGGCGACGCCCACACGCAGUGCAGGCGCAUUCCAGAGGACGAGGAUGGUUGUGUGCGAGACAGCGACUGUGGAGAGGAAUUGGCAUGCAUAGAGAGGUCAUGCCGUGACCCCUGUGACUGCGGGGUCAAUGCCCUCUGUACUGUUGUCAACCACAGACCUAUCUGUACCUGUAGUCAGGGCUAUGAGGGUAACCCCCACACUGCUUGUGUUGCCACUGGCUGCACGAGCGACGCCGAGUGCUCCGACGACCGCAAGUGCUACCAAGGCAAUUGCGUGAACCCGUGUCUCGUUGACAACCCCUGCGCGCCCAGGGCCGAGUGCCAGCCCAUCGCCCACGAGGCAAGGUGCUUCUGCCCGUCCGGCACCCGCGGCGACCCCCUGACCCAGUGCGUGGUGAUCGGGUGCAGGGCCAACGGCGACUGCCCCGCCGACCGCAUGUGUCUGAACGGGCGCUGCCUCGACCCCUGCGUGCACAACAACACGUGCGCCCCCAACGCGCAGUGCAGGGGUGUCAACCACGGCGUCGAGUGCCGCUGCCCGCCGGGCCUGGAGGGAAUACCGUCGCUUGCUUGCAGCGAGAAGCAACGGCGGGACUGCCGCUCGGAUUACGACUGCCAGUCAGGUUAUGCUUGCAUGGAGGGCGAGUGUAAGAAGCCAUGCGAAGAGCUGGCUCCGUGCAAGGACCUGACGGUGUGCACCCUGGUCGACACGAGGCCCCUCAGGACCAUGACCUGCACUUGCCCCGAACACAUGGUUGUGUCAGAUCAGGGCCAGUGUGUUGACUUGGACCUCCCAAUAGGCGUCGGUUGCCGUGCUGACAAUGAAUGCCCGAGUGACAACGCCUGCCUCAACACCCAGUGUGUGACCCCCUGCGACUGCGGGCCCAACGCCGAGUGCCACGUCAAGAACCAUCGCCCCAUCUGCACCUGUCUACCUGGAUUCCAGGGCAACCCCAACACCGGAUGCUUCAAGGUGGGAUGCAGUGUGAACGAGGAGUGUCCGCUGGAUAAUAUGUGCUCCAACGGCGUGUGCGUCAACCCGUGUCUGGUGAACGACCCAUGCGACAUCACCGCCGAGUGCUACCCUGAGCAGCACAAUGCCAAGUGUCGCUGUCCAACUGGCCUUGAGGGCGACCCAUACAUCCGCUGCGAAGUGCUGGGCUGCCGCAGCAACUCCGAAUGCCCCACUGAUAAGGCAUGCAUCAACCGGCAGUGUGUGAACCCAUGCCUCUACAGCAACAACUGUGCCCCGAACGCAGAGUGCUACGUCUUCCAGCACACCUCAGGCUGCCGCUGCCCGAAGGACAAGCCCUACGGCGACCCACGGUUCAUGUGUGAGGACAAGUCCAUCCAGGUGGAUGAGCCCAAGCCCGAGUGCCGUGUGGAUGCUGACUGCCCGAGCCAGCGAGCGUGCAUUGACGAGCACUGCAUCAACCCAUGCCAUAUCCUCAAUCCCUGCGAUGACACCGCCCUGUGCGAAGUCGUGGAUUCCGUGCCCGUUCGCACCAUGAUUUGCAUCUGUCCCGAAGGCUUCGUCAUGACAGAUGAAAGCACAUGCAAGCUUGUCGAGAAAGAAGUCAUCCCAGGCUGCCGCGCCGACUCCGAGUGUCCUGUCGAGGAAGCCUGCAUCAACCGCAUGUGCCGCAGCCCGUGCGACUGCGGCCGCAACGCGAUCUGCGAGAUCAUCAAUCACCGGCCCGUGUGCACCUGCCAAGUUGGCUUCCAGGGCAACCCUGACAUCGGUUGCUUCCCAGUCGGCUGCCAGCAAGACGCUGACUGUGAGGAUGACCAAGCCUGCUACGACGGAGUGUGCGCCAACCCAUGCUUGGUCGACGAUCCCUGCUCUAGAAAUGCCGAGUGCUACGCUGCGGAGCACAGAGCACAGUGUCGCUGCCCGUCAGGCCUUCAGGGCGAUGGCUACACUGAGUGUCUGAUCAUCGGCUGCAGGGCUAACUCCGACUGCCCGAGCGACCGCGGCUGCAUCAACAGCCAGUGCGUCGACCCCUGUGUAUACGAAGACCCCUGCUCUCCCUCUGCUGAAUGCGUCAACCACGAGCACGAGGCCCGCUGCCGCUGCCCGCCCGGCACCACAGGCAACCCCAAGGUCCAGUGCACCCCCCUCGUGGAACCCGAGUGCCGCGUCGACGGCGACUGCGAGAGCCAGCUCGCCUGCAUCGACGAGCGCUGUGUCAACCCGUGUGUGGUGCUGGACCCAUGCGACGACACCGCCAUCUGCCAGGUGGUCGACACGCUGCCGGUGAGGACGAUGCUUUGCGUGUGUCCCGACGGCAUGAUCAUCGAGCAGGGCGGCACGUGCGACCUGGCGCCGCCCAUCAAGCCUGGCUGCUCGGCAGACCCAGAGUGCCCCUCCGACAAGGCGUGCUUCAACGGUUUCUGCAAAGACCCCUGCAUGUGCGGCCCCAACGCCGUCUGUGAGAUCGUCGAACACCACCCCGUGUGCUCGUGCAAGCGCGGGUACGAGGGAGACCCGGAGAUCCGCUGCGACGAAAUCAGCUGCUACGGCAACGACGACUGCCCCACGACGCACGCCUGCCGCAACGGGCAGUGCGCCCCCGUGUGCGGCCCCGACAACGAGCCGUGCGGCGAGGAGGCCGUGUGCCAGGGAGUGAACCACGAGGCCGUGUGCUACUGUCCCCCGGGCUCCCGCGGCAACCCGCGCACUCAGUGCAUAGCCAUCGGCUGCGCAUCGAACGACGCCUGCCCCGGAGAUCGCAGCUGCAUCAACCAGCGCUGCGUGAGCCCCUGCAGCCUCGACCCGUGCGAGGAGCCGGCCACCUGUCGCGUGGCCGACCACCGACCCGACUGCCCGUGCCCGCCAGGGUUCAACGGCACCAGAGACAACGGCUGUGAAAAGAUCGUCGUGGGCUGCCGCACCGACGGCGACUGCCCCAGCAAGACAGCCUGCAUCAACGCCGAGUGCAUCGACGUCUGCGGCCUGGAGCCCUGCGGGGAGAACGCCGAGUGCCGAGUGAUCGACACCGUGCCCAUCCGGACCGUGGCGUGCGAGUGCCUGCCGGGUUAUCAGGGCGACGCACUCGAUAAGUGCAUUCCAACGCCCGUGUGUCCGUUCGAAAAGGGCUUCAUCCUGGACGACGACGAUCGCUGCAUCUGCCCGGCGGAGCGAGGCUUCUACGUCGACGAGAACGGCAACUGCGCCCGUUGCCCCGUCGAGCUGGGCUUCGUGCUCACCGAGGACGGCUUGUGCAUCUGCGACCCCGAGAAGGGCUACGUGCUCACCCGCGCCGGCACCUGCGACUGCCCGCUGCCCGCCGAGAAGGACGAGGACGGCGACUGCGUUGUGAGGACGGAGCCGCCGUUCCCCGUCGGCUGCACCAGCGACUCCGACUGCCCGACGGACAAGGCCUGCGAGCAGCGCGUGUGCGUGUCGCCGUGCGCCUACGACCCGUGCGCUAAGUACGCCACCUGCAUCGUCGUGAACCACAAGGCCGUCUGCACCUGCAUCUCGGACUACUCCGGCGACCCCUACCAGAAGGACGAUGGCUGCAAGCCGACCUUCGCGCGCACCGACUUCCCGCGUCCCGACAUGCUGGUCAACUGCCUGGCCGACGGCGUGCAAGUGGACAUCAACGUGGGCGACCCGGGCUUCAACGGCGUCAUGUACGUCAAGGGUUACUCCAAGAACGAGGAGUGUCGUCGCGUUGUCAAGCCGGACGUCGACGUCGGCACGAUCGACUUCAAGGUCAAGUUCAACACGUGCGGACUCAUCCACGAGAACGGACUGGCCCGGUUCAUCCUGGUGCUCCAGAAACAUCCUAAGCUGGUGACGUACAAGGCGCAGGCGUACCACGUCAAGUGCACCUACAACACCGGCGAGAAGACCAUCACCCUGGGCUUCGACGUGUCCAUGCUGACCACCGCGGGCACCAUCGCCAACACGGGUCCUCCGCCGACCUGCGUCAUGAAGAUCACCGACCAGAACGGCGACGACAUCCGCGGCGCCGAGAUCGGAGACCUGCUGAUGCUGCGCGUGCAGGUCGAACCGUCGAACAUCUACGGCGGCUUCGCCCGAAGCUGCGUGGCGCUGACGGCGAACAGCGACGGCGGCGACAACGAGUACAUCGUGACGGACGAGAACGGCUGCGCGACGGACCCGGCCAUCUUCGGCGAGUGGGAGCAGGAGGACGGCGACGAGAAGACGCUGGUGGCGCUCUUCAACGCCUUCAAGUUCCCGUCGUCCAACUCCAUCCGCUUCCAGUGCAACGUGCGCGUGUGCUUCGGCCGCUGCCACCCGGUCAACUGCAACGGCUACGACGCCUUCGGCAAGCGUCGCCGUCGCCAGGCGCUCGAGGAGGACGCCGAGGUGAUCUACCCCAACGAGGCCACGUACGAGGGCCAGCUCAGGGAGAUCACCGUCUUGUCGCCGGCCAUCAUCACCAUCGAGAGCCGCGCCGACAGGCUCACCGCGCCCGAGAAUCCCGAGGCCGUGGGCGUGGAGGAGGUGUGCGUGAGCAAGUGGGGCUUCAUCAUCGCCCUCAUCAUCACGGCGCUGCUGGCGCUCGUGGCGGUGGCCGUGGCGGUGUCGUGCUGGCUCAUGGCGUACCGGCGCAAGCCCAAGCACGCCGGCCCGCUGCCGCAUCCGCCGGAGUUCCCGAACCCGCUGUUCACCACGCCGGAGCCCCUGGCCGAGCCCUCGCCGGACUACUUCUCGUGAGCCCGACAGCGCCGUCACGACCCUGUACUGUGAUUCCUAAAUGAGAGAAACGAAACUCGUCUCCAUCAUGGACAUAUGGAGCGCAUGUGAUGCGACAGUGAACCCAAUCGAGAGAGUUCGAGCAAUACAUUUCCUGCCGGAAAGAAAUGUUCAGUGAACGACGAGAAUUUCGAAGCAAACGAAUAGAAAUAGAAUUUUAUAAUUGUGACUUUUCUUAUGACAUUGUGAAUGUGUGACGUUUAGGCGAAAAGAUGUGACUUUAUAUAUAUAUUUGUAUCUAUAUUGGAGCGAGAGGCGUCGCGUCGAGAGGGACCUCCGCCCGAGUGCCGUGCUCCUCCAAGUCCAACACCUUGUCCUAAGUUCCGCAGAAACCACAGGAGUCGGCCUCGAGGCGGAGUCGACCUCGAGACGCGCACGGAAGUGAAAAGAGGAAGAAGAAAAAGGAUACUAGAGAGACUUCAUUAUCAUGAGAUUUUUUUUUUUCUUUUUAGAAAUGUGUGAAGUAUUCGUUCUUAUAUAUUUUUUUGUACAAAGUCAUUUCACAACGUUCUAUCUGAAAAUAUGCCCCGCUCUGCUACAUUUGCUGACGCGGCGUUUUAUUUUGGGCAUCAUUUCAGCAGAUGGCAUAGCAGUGGCCUGAAUUCCCAGCGUAUUAUUUUUUCUGUAAAAGGAGAGACUUAACUAAACUUCAAACGAUGAUAAUAAAACCCGACACAGUCUUACCAAGAGUUCAGAGGCAUGAUAAUGAUAUCGGCUCCUCAACUCCUCAUUCCAAAGAAUUCCAUUUUUUUUUUUUUUUUUUUUUUUUACCUUAGCUUCAAUUAGCUCUUUCUUUUUUAAUUAAUUAUAUGUAUGAUGAUGUCAAAUAAUCGUAGGUGCUCAUGGACAAGUCGCUGUUAUGUCCAAAUCUCUUCAAGUGUCAAAUGUAAAAUGGUAAGCAAUUCCCUGCCUUAUGCAGUCGGUCUAUAAGACAUAACUUUCCGCCAAUGGAUGGAAAUGGGUCUUAUUGGCCGGGUGCAUACGGACUGGAAUCGCUCAUCGCAUUACAAGUGUAUAAAAAAAAGGCCUGCCAUGGCGGCUACGGGGAGUCAGGGUGAGGUUUUUAAGCAGUCAGUGCUGCUAACAGUAGGUAGACGGAGGUUGUUUAUAUAUAAGAGAUUUUAGCAGACGCACAAAGGUUGAACUCCCCCUAUCUACUUGGCAGAGCCGCAAUUUUAUAAAUGGUUAUGAAAUGUGUUAAGUUAUAUGUGCACGUAGAUGAUAGUAAUCUCAAGUCAAAGAAAAUUCAGUCUUUUUUUUUUUGAGAGACGUCUCGCAAGGUGCCACGUGGCUCUGUCGUGAUGCUGUCUAGAUCCCACUCUCUGAUUGGUUCGUCCGUCGAAAGGCGUGGUCUAGAGAGUGUUACGUCAUCGCUUGGACCUUUUUUUUUACAGUCCUCUCUGUAUUUUUGCCAGGUUUUAAUAGAUGAAAAAUGUAAACGUAUAUCUCGCGACGGAACUGACAGAGAUCCAAAACGACAGUCGCGAUUUCCUCUCUGAAUGCUUCAAUAGUUAUUUUGUAUAUGAUUUAUAAAGAAAAAUGUCUUCCGAAAAAAUAUAUGUGAUAUUUCGACAUGUAUAGUCUUUAGAAGCAGUUGUGUAAUCAAUUUACGUAGUCUAACAACAACGCUGAUUUCAUCAAUAAAAAAAAAUGAAAUUACAUUAAUCGCUCUAACCAAAUAAUGAAGGCAAGCCAAAACUUUAGCGGUGUUUAUUUCCUUGUGGUUCUUGCACAUGCAAGCAAACUGACUUUAACAAAGGCAUAUUUCCACACUUGUUAUGACUACAUUACUGUGAUUUUACGCCUGGGUGCGAUGCUUUAAGGCCAAUAUGCCUUUGUUUGACUCAUUGGGAAUUUUUUUUUAAUUAGUUUCGCAAUUCUAAUUUUUCCUUCUCAAGUUUUCCAAAAUAAAAAAGAAUAAGAUAGGGUGAUGGGUCUCACUCUUCCCUAACUCCUUUGCCCACUGCAGACCAAAGCCAACGUUUUCUUUCAUUCUCUUUUUUUUAUCUGAAACUAAAACAAAUGUGGUGACGGUGCUUUUUACUCUCCUGGAUAGACAUGAGCUGGUCUUUUUUGCGUCGUAGGAAUGGCUUGCCUUUAUUUUUUUUUUCUUUUUACUCCACCUGGUAAUAUUAUUUUAAUAUAACGUUCUUAUGCUUGAAACAACUGUUAAUUUGUCUCACCCAUGUAACAAAGAAUCUGUUACUGAAUAAAGGAUAUGGAAUAAUA